AUGUUCCCCCACUCACAGAACCUGACACCAUUACCCUCUGCGCGGCAUGGCUUCCACGAAGAGCAGCUCGACGGCAGUGCAUAUGUGAACAGCUCAUGGAUCGUCGCUCUCAAGUUAGGCAUCGACAAACGCGACGUGGAGCAACACCUCGGUUGGAUUCACGGUACUCACAGGCGGAGUUUGUCUCGCGGUCAGACGAGUGGAGUCGAAAGGACAUUCGGAAUCGAGAAUUUUCAUGCCUACACUGGCGAGUUUGACAAAGAGCUGUUGGCCGAGAUUCAAGCCAAAGAUGAGGUCAUCGCAAUCGAGCCUGACCAUGAAGCUGCAUUGACAGCUCUCACCGAGGUCAGCGACCAGCCUUGGGGUCUAGCCAGCCUCUCCUCUCGAGCAAGACUCGCCAGCGCCGACGUGGAUCAUCAGACCUACAUGGACGCGCGAUCAAGGGCACCAAAUGUUUUCCCCGAAGUUGCUCACGACGAUGAUUUUGGGCACGGCACGCACGUGGCUGGCACCAUUGGAUCCGUAAGGUUCGGUGUCGCAAAGAAUGCGACCCUUGUCGACGUGAAGACGACCAGGGUUGCUUAUGGCACGACGACCAAGAUUAUCGAGGCUUUGGAGUGGUCUGUACAGAAUAUCACCAACACUCCUGGGAGGGCUGGCAAGUCUGUCGUCAGUAUGAGUCUAGCCACUGCUACAUCCACAGCAUUGAAUGAUGCCGUCGACGCAGCCACAGCCUUGGGUGUCUUCAUCGUCGUCGUCGGUGCUGGGAACGAUGGAAAGGAUGCUUCCACGAGAUCACCAGCUAGCGCGCCGACUGACUUCACCGUUGGUGCGAUUGACAUUAACAGCACUAGAGCUAGGUGGUCCAACUUUGGGCCUUCUGUGGAGGUCUUUGCUGCUGGGGUGGAUGUGAGAUCGACUUCUGUGUACCAGGAUGGAACUGAUCUUUUAUCGGGAACGUCAAUGUCAACACCACACAUUUCCGGGUUGGCGUUGUAUCUCGAGGGACUGGAGGGCUCUGUCGUGGACGCACCGGCGGCGAUCGGUGCACGCAUCAAGGAGCUUGCUACCAAGGACAUAGUUGCCGAUCCUGGAGUUGGCAGUCCUGAUCUUGUUGCGUAUAAUGGGAAUGGUCGACGAUGA